GAAAGGAAGAAAAGUCCCCGACGAAGAAACGCCCCUUUCUCUCUCAUCCCCGCUCCUGCUCUCUCUUCGCUUCCCUCCCUUUUCCCCCUUUCAAAACCCUAGAAACAAAUACUCCUAAAAACCCUAGCAAUACUCCCUCGUUUAACCCUAUUUUGUUUUUGUAUAUUUAUCAUUCAAUCCCUUUCUUCUCAAAACCCUAGUUUUUUUUUAAUACAGAUCCUGUGCCCUAAUUUCCCUACUUGACGCUGCCUCGUCCCCAAAAUCCCCAAAUUAGCUUCGGGAGUUCCUUAGGGUUUCUAUUCUAGUAGUCUCUGAGUUGGGAUAUCGAUUAAAUUUUGAAUUUUGGAUAGCAACGGUAUCUGUUAUGUCGCUUGUAGACCUAGGGCAUCAUUGAACAGAGAGAAAGUCGCAUUGUUUUUACUCUUUUUCGACCAUUUGUUGAUUUAGGUAUUUGUUAAUUGGCUCUGGGGUUCUAGGGUUCCACUGUUUCCUAUCACUUAUUUGCAUUUUGUGCCGUUUGGUGCCAUUUUGCUUCUCUGAGCUCUGGUCGAUUGCGGAGUGACCUAAAUUUGGGAGUUCUUUAGCGCUGAUGAAGUGUGCAAAUAUUGAAUUUGAAUGAGACAUGAGAAGAUAUGAGUAGGCUCUCAUUUAGACCGCGCCCACUUGAUAUUCACAAGAAGCUUCCCAUUGUUAAAUCUAUAAAGGAGUUUGAGGACGAUGAUGCGCCCAUUGCGGCUGCUUCCACUCGCAACUCUCAGUUGCUUCGGUUUGCUGAGGCUGACAAUGAGGUGCAUAAUAUAUCUAGCAAGAAAAGUUCAUCAGAAAUACCUACUCCACAGUAUGAUGUAGUGGACACAUAUGAAAGAGAUUAUACCCGCACUUUUUCACAGCCGACAUCAUAUUUACGUGGCAGAGGAGCUAGGGCUGAGAUCGGGGAGUUUGUUGAGUAUGAUCUUGACAAUGAGGAUGAAGAUUGGCUUCUAGAGUUCAACAAUGAGAAGAGGAUUCUUCCACCUGAGAAGUUUGAGACUCUUCUAUUUAAGCUUGAGGUUUUGGAUCAUAAAACUCGAGAAAGGGCAGGAGUUAUCACUCCUACUUUUGGUGCUCCUGUACCUGUACUUUUACAGCUCGAUGCUGCAGCCGAGGCCUUGCAAGUGCAACAAUCUGUGAGAUUUGCGGUUUUUCACUCUGUGUAUAAUUAUUGGAAAAGAAAGCGGGAGCAGUGGCAAAAACCAAUCCUCCGGCGGUUGCAGCCACCUCCACCUGUAAAUGAUACAAAUCCCUACAAUGUAUUCAGACCGAGGGAGAAAGCUCACCGUCUUCACACCAGAAGGAUGCAAAGGCGGGAGAAUAAUGUUCAGUCCUUUGAAAAACUUCGUCAGGUCAGGCGCAACCUGGAGCAAGCCAAAACAGUAUUGGAUGCUUUGACCAAGAGGGAAGAAAAGAAGCGGGAGGUCAUGGAAAGCGAAGUCAGCCUUCAACGAAUUCAAAUCAAGUAUAAGCACGAAGCGCAGCUUAUUGACGACGGAUUUGCAUUGGAAGGUUUUCCAUCAAAUUCAUAUAAAAAUGAAUCAAGUGAUGAAGAUCUUACAGAUUCAGAUGACACCACUGAUGGUUAUAGGCGUGUGAGUUCAGCUGCAAUACCAACGCCACCCUUCACGGGCUCAAGAAUGGUGGUAAUCCCCAACACCGCACGCAUGAAGCAGGAGCAGAAACAGAAAAGAUUGCAAUAUAGAUGGCAUCAUAGAAGGGACCCAAAUACACCUGUAUUUCUUUUCACGAGACCCCUAGAUUCAGGGAGAUUGGCUGCUGCAGGCAUAGAACAGCCACCAACUCCUGUUGAAAAUGGUUCAGUGGGGCCACCGCAUCAUUUCCAUGGUAGAAUGGGUCGAGGAGGAAGGAUAAUCUUCGAUCGUUGGAGGCCAGAAAGCUCAUCAUACUCGCCACCUAAUCAUCGGCCUCCCCAACCAAAUGGUUGAUCAGAAUGCUCCUCUUCUUGUUACUUCCAUAUCAAGCCCCUGGAGGAUGACUCUUUGCUGGUAAAUGGCCAUAGAGUCCCAUUUUGCUCGGGGUGCAGAGAGCUCGGGGUUCUAGAUUCUUUUGAUGGUGUUGAUCUGGCCAUUGACACAAAGACACGAAGUCUGUUAUUUGACCAUUGAGAAGGUGAACUAGCGCUAAGUCAGUUAAUCUGAUUUGUUUAUUUCCUACUGACGCCUUGGCCAUUCUCCUUCUUUCAAUUGUGUAAUUGAUUGGGAUAGCAGCAGGUUAAAAGCCGCAGCAUUGUACUUCAAUAUGUCAAUGUGCAACAUCAUGUUCUUUCCCAUGAUUCCCAUGAGCUUCAAUGAAAAGCAUUCAUUUUCCUGAACCAA